CAGGCACCACCUUCUCCCUCUUCAACAAAAAGCAAAGAAUUUGUUUAAUUCUUUGAUUUGUGACUGCUAAGUCAGAUAGAUUCAUCUGUUCAUUUCUGAUUUUGGGAAAGCAUUCACAUAUUUGUUCUAUAAUCUGCCUAUCAUUGUGCACCAGUCAUGGAGGACACCAAUCUCACUUCAUCUCAACCUCUCAAGUAUCUUUUCUUGUUGUCAUGGCAAUAGUUAUCAUUGCAUGCAACCUUACUGUUCUACUGGUGCAUCAUUUGACCCCAGCACUCCAUGUACCAAUCAGUGUAUUCAUCAAGUCUCUGGCUUAUGCUGACCUCUGGGUGGGGGUCAACUGUGCACUCAAUAUCGGAGUAACUUUUGCAAGAGGAUGGCCAUAUGGACUUUGGACCUGUAAGCUGAUUGGAUAUUUACUUCUAGUGGUAGUCUUGGUAAGCAUCACAACCCUCACUUGCAUCGGCAUUGAACGCUACACAGCCAUUCAAAAUCCGAUCAACUAUCGUUCCGUCGUUACCUACAAACGGGCUCGCAUCUGUGUCAUCCUAAUCUGGGUGCUAUGUGGACUUGUCUUUUUGCCAGCAUUCUUCAACUGGGGCAUGGAUGUCGAUAUCCAUGGAAGUUGCCCUCUCUUCUGGCGAUACAACAUCUCUUUUGGAUUUUUCCUCAUCUCCAUCCUCAUCAUUCCAAACCUCCUUAUAUCCAUUAUCUGCUACAUCCGCAUCAUUCAUACCUUGGUUGCUAGGCAACGGUGGCUGCAAACCACUGGAAGUACAUUCAAUGGCCCUCAACAGCAGAACGCUUGCCAGAAGCAACAUGAGAAACUCAUGGCAAAAAUUGGCCUUGCCAUCAUGAGUGCCUUCUACAUCACGUGGUUGCCCUAUGUAGCAUCUAGCUUUAUCCGCUACCUUGACCUUGCCAAUAUCCCUCAAGAUCUCUACAAUGGAACUUUGUAUCUUGGAAUCAGUAACAGCUUCCUCAACUGUGUCAUUUACAGCAUUUCACACCAGGCUUUCAGGGAUGGCUUUAAGAACUUAGUGAAGAGAUGCUGUUGCUCAAAGCAGACUAAAUCAUAUGAAUCAGGCUCUCCUGGCUGGAGCAGGAGAACAACGGGAAGCAACAGCCCGUCUACAAUUCAUGACACUUCCAUACGGAUUCAGAAACUUGAUAAGAAUCAGAUUAAAAGCCAACCCUUGAAAAUGACCAACAAUUAG